GACACAGACCCGGCGGUUGCGUAGCGACGCUUUUGCCCCGCUCUCGCUGCUGCUGUUGCUGUUGUUGUUGGUUGGUGGAGCGUUGAGAGAAUUGUUUGGCAGUUGGUGCCUGGCGUUGAAACUGAAAUGUUGUGUUUGGUGGUGGUUUUUUUCUAUCAGUUUUCCUCCUAAUCCAAAAGACACGUUCAGGAGCGCCCGCGCCGCCGCCACCUUAUCGUACAAAAUCUCCGGCGACAGAUAGUGACGAGCUGUUGACGCCUUCAGAUCGAGCAAGAUGGGUCUGCUUUCGCUGCUACGCAAACUGCGACCCAAUCCGGAGAAGGAGGCACGAAUUCUGCUACUUGGCCUGGACAAUGCGGGCAAGACAACGAUCCUGAAGCAACUGGCGUCCGAGGAUAUAACCACGGUGCGUAUGAAAAAGAAACAGAAGCGUUUCUGUUUUUCCCCAAAAAUAAGGAGUGAACCCCUGCAGGUAACGCCCACGGCCGGAUUUAACAUCAAGUCCGUGGCAGCCGAUGGCUUCAAGCUCAAUGUGUGGGACAUUGGCGGACAGUGGAAGAUUCGGCCCUACUGGAAGAAUUACUUUGCGAAUACCGAUGUGCUGAUCUACGUGAUUGAUUGCACGGAUCGGGCCCGUUUGCCGGAGGCGGGCAGCGAACUGUUUGAGCUGUUGAUGGACAAUCGCCUGAAGCAGGUGCCAUUGCUGGUGUUUGCCAACAAACAGGAUAUGCCCGAGGCCAUGACUGCCUCCGAAGUGGCAGAGAAAAUGAGCCUGGUGCAGCUGCAGGGGCGCACCUGGGAGAUCAAAGCCUGCACAGCUGUCAAUGGCACCGGCCUGAAGGAGGGCAUGGACUGGGUGUGCAAGAACAUGAAGAAAUAAUCUAAG